AUGGUCAUGUGAGCAUGCGGUCAGAAGGGGAACAGGCGGAGUGUGUACAGUCCUGACUAGCGGGUGGGGCAUCCCCCUGAGUGCCAUUGAGUCGGAUGGAAAGUAGCCAAGACUGGGUUCACUGGUAGAGCGGUUGAAGUAUUUUUUUGAAAUUGCUUUCUGUGGUUCUCUUUAUUUCCGCCUCUGUGCUUUGACAGUUGACGAACAAAAGCUUUCCUGAGUGGGGUAUGAGUGGAUAACUUGCGGCGGUAAGGGCUCUCUGCUGGGUAGCUCUUAUACCUGGCUGCAUUUGACCCGUUCUGGUCUCUCCAUGCGCCAAAGUUAGAGAAAGAAACACUGGUUUUGCUGGCUCAUCCUCAGUGUUUUGAUUUUGUUCCAGCUGGACAGACUUGUGAAAGUGUCUGGUCCUGGACAUCACGCUGUGUCCGGGUUAUAGAGUAAUGUGAUCUGAAUGUUUAUCCCUGUGGCUCAAGCAGUCUUAGUUCCUCACUGUGAAAGAGCCAGCUUGUCAAUGCUCAUUAUGUGCACUGCAAUAUAAGAUGUGUGUGUGUUGUCUGUGCACCAGUAGCAUGGUCUCCUCACUAGACUUGUCAGUCAGUGAAUAAUGAAUGAACCAUAGCAAGAGCAUGUGUCAUAUUCUACUUGAAAGUGAAGCUGCGACAGGGAGUGCACCAGCACUGCGAGUAUAAAUAGUGCAAGUGUUCGUUUACAUCCUUUUGUUCCUCACUGGCUUUUGUCAUACUGUUCAAAGCCUCUUUCCUCAAUACAAGAAAUCCUUUCAGAAGCGCCAAAACUUUGAAAAUAUCCCAUGUGUCCAAACAGAUAAUAAAUAACAUUAACCAAGAAAAGACCAUCACUAGCUAGGUUUCCAUCCAAUUGGCGACAGAUUUUCAUGCGAAUAUUAAGAAAUAUUGAUAAGUUGCGUCAAUUCAAAUCUGGUAUUGGAACAAAAAGAGGUCAAUACACGUCUUCUAAAAUAGACUAGUAUUUUAAUUAAUGCAAAACACUUCAAUGGUAAAUAUGAUGUUCGUAUAUACGGGUCCACUGAAAUACCACGCAGGGCAGACAGAGAACUGAUCCAUUGUUCUAAGUUCUUCUCCAAACUAUCAGAGUAGACAGAGCGUGGUUUAGACUUACUCAGCCUAUCGUCGGCGCACAGGCUGGUCCCAGCCCCUUGGCGCUUCACUGUUGCCAGGUGUUUAGUUGUUUUGCAACUUGUCCAGAGAGUCAGCACUUUUGCAGUACACAUGUCCUUGAGCACGGUUUAACAAAGAGGCAGUGUUUGUGUCUGUGUGAGACUCACAAGUCUUAUCUCCCCCUACUCCCUAACAGCUCCUCACAUGAAUCACAGCUUGUUAUGUUAAACAGUCUAUAUCAGUACAGCACAAACCUAUUAUGUUUAAUCAUUAAUGUAUUCUUUCUAAGCUAGGCAUCACAUCUAGUUAUAAGAAAAUAGAUCCCCACAAUCUGCAUAAAAACAAUAUGCGCAUUUUCCCACCAGAGAUGUUUCCAUCAAAUUAACUUGUUGCAGAUAAAAGGCUGUGCGUGAUGACGUAGUGCACAAAAAUACCUUUUGCGGUAAAAUCUCCAUGUACCGAAAUCAAGUCAAAUGGAUUUCCAUCGCAUUUUCAACUCUACUGAUAGUUUUCUCACAUUUGUUGCGUUAUAUAGCGAGUGUGCACUUUGGUAUUGGCAUGUGCAGUCUAGCCAACAGUGCUAUCUGCGUGCUGUUGGCUAGAACGCACGUAUAGCCUAUAUGAGAUUGUUGUUAUGGACAAAAGAGCGAUACUUUUUUUUGUCAAACAGCAGCCAAGCACAGAUCAUAAUGUCACCGGAAUAAGACCCUUGAUAUUUAUUGGAAAGGAGCAUCAAGCUCAUAACCUUGCACUUUCACCACCCUGUGAAGUUCAUCAUAAUCAUAAUUUAUUUAAUCUGUAGCCUAAUAAACUGCAUGCUUUCCCGAGAAGUCAUAGUGGGAGGACCACACAUAUCAUCGUGUGACUCCAAAUUUCUAGCAUAAUUCAUUUUACCGACACAAAGAUAAAUAAUAAUAAAUAAUCCCACCUUGUCUAGCGUAUUUUGUUUUGUCGACAUUUGUCAAGUUUACCGAAAAAUGUUCUGUUUCCAUCAGGUCUGUAAUUACAUUUUAUAUCUGACAUGAACUUUACUCGCAUAAAAAUGUUGCAUAGAAACCUGGUUAUUGACUAGAAUUUGGCCACCAAGCGCUUUAUCAAAGGAUUUUGGCCUUCUUCUUUACUCACCUGCAGAUACUAGUCCUUUAGGUGAGUUGUUUAGAAGAAAAAGCACCUUGCAGUGAUUAAUGAGCUUCUCCACAUGCCAGCCAUUUUGCUCCUGAGUGGUGCUGCAGUCUAAGGCACUGCAUCUCAGUGCUAGAGGCACACUAGACCCUGGUUAGAUUCCAGGCUGUAUCACAAUCCAGCCGUGAUUGGGAGUCCCGUAGGCGGCACACAAUUGGCCCAGCGUUGUCUGGGUUUGACCGGGGUAAGCCGUCAUUGUAAAUAAGAAUUUGUUCUUAACUGACUUGCCUAGUUAAAAAAUAAAAUAAAAAGUGGAAUCUGUGUGUGAGCUGCUCGUGUCUCCCAGCAGCUCAGUGAGUGUGUGCUGGCCGCCAACCUCCCCCUCCACUCAAAUCUCUUGCCUCCUGAAUCAUCUGCUAUGGAGACAAAGUAUUAGGGAAGGAUGCUGCUAUUUAUUGUGUUUAGGGAUUGCUGACAUACCAGUGUCGUUAGGGCUGUUUCUGCAGACAAGUGUGAUCUGUCACAAGGAUGGAUGUCCUUGAUUGCACAAACAUGACUCAUGAAGUGUGUAUUCCUCUGGUUACAUCAACUGUCCCCGAUAUAUAUAAACUUUCACUUGAAAUCUAAAACCACUGCCUUGCACUGUCACGCUGAGCCAUAUGAAGAUUUCAGAUAUUAACUCAUGGCCUAGCAUGGAAUCUAAGCAAGCAACCACGUAUGAAUCUGUAUGAAUAACGUUUACAGAGUGGCUUCGAGCAGACAUUUCACCAUCUUUAGACAUAAUUAAAUGUAAACUUGAUGUUUCAGAUGUUGUCAAGCAAAACAAGCCAACUCUGUUCUGGUUGGAAGUUUGGGAUGUCUCCGUAGUGUCAGAUAAAGUUGAUAAUUGUCCAAACUUGCACUAGCAAGGACAUCUUAACAGGUAGGUCUAGCCCUUUAUGGGUAUUCCACACAGGAACCAUAAACCCACAUGGAUUAAUGAGGGGAGGAAAUAAGGUGCCCAAGAAAUUUACUGUAUGGUUGCGUUUUAUCUGGCAGUUGUCUUCCUAGUGUCAGCUUUUUUAGUGUGUGCGGCUUGAUGGCAGUCCAAACCAUUAAAUAUCUUCGGUUGAAGUCCAUAAUUUUGUGAGGUGCAUUCAUUUUGCUAUUUGGUUAUUUCUCGAAGACCUCUUUUCUGUUGUCACUUAAAACUGUGGGCUGGACAUUGGCCUCCAUUUGUAGAAUCUGGAAAUAAUAAGGCUUUUCUUUCCAAAUAAUAUUUGUUUGCACAUUCAACAAUUAUGUCUGAAUGAGAUAUUUGUAUUAGCUGCCUGCUUUGUGUGCCACUGUUAAUUGCCUUGUACCAACAAAUCCAUCUUCUCUCCCCACAGGUUCAACUACAGAUCAACACAUCACCUGACCACAAAUGGGUUUUACGAGUUCCUCAACUGGUUCGACGAGAGGUCGUGGUACCCCUUGGGGAGGAUCGUGGGGGGCACAGUAAGUUUAUAUCAAAUCAAAUCAAACUUUGUCACAUGCGCCGAAUAGAACCUUAUCGUAAAAUGCUUACUUACAAGCCCUUAACCAACAAUACAGUUCAAGAAAGAGUUAAGAAAAUAUUUACCAAAUAAACAUAACACUAACGAGGCUAUAUACAGGAGGUGCUGGUACCGAGUCAAUGUGUGGGGGUACAGGUUAGUCGAGGUAAUUUUUACAUGUAGGUAGGGGUAAAGUGACUAUACAAAGAUAAUAGACAGCGGGUAGCAGCAGUGCAAAAACAAAUGGGGGGGUCAAUGUAAAUAGUCCGGGUGGCCAUUUGAAUAAUUUUUCAGCAGUCUUAUGGCUUGUGUGUAGAAGCUGUUAAGGAGCCUUUUGGUCCUAGACUUGUUGCUCCGGUACCGCUUGCCGUGCUGUAGCAGAGAGAACAGUGUAUGACUUGGGUGACUGGAGUCUUUGACAAUACUUUGGGCUUUCCUUUGACACCGCCUAGUAUAUAGGUCCUGGAUGGCAGGAAGCUUGGCCCCAGUGAUGUACUGGGCCGUACACACUACCCUCUGUAGCGCCUUACGGUCAGAUGCCGAGCAGUUGCCAUACCAGGCGGUGAUGCAACCAGUCAGGAUUCUCUCGAUGGUGCAGCUGUAGAACUCUUUGAGGAUCUGGGGACCCAUGCCAAAUCUUUUCAGUCUCCUGUGGGGGAAAAGGUGUUGUCGUGCCCUCUUCACGACUGUCUUGGUGUGUUUGGACCAUGAUAGUUUGUUUGUGAUUUGGACACCAAGGAACUUGAAACUCUCGACCCGCUCCACUACAGCCCCGGCGAUGUUAAUGGGGGCCUGUUCGGCCCACCUUUUUCUGUAGUCCACGAUCAGCUCCUUUGUCUUGCUCACAUUGAGGGAAAGGUUGUUUUCCUGGUACCACACUGCCAGGUCUCUGACCUCCUCUCUAUAGGCUGUCUCAUCGUUGUCAGUGAUCAGGCCUACCACUGUUGUUGUCAGCAAACUUAAUGAUGGUGUUGUAGUCGUGUUUGGCCACGCAGUCAUAGGUGAACAGGGACUACAGGAGGGGACUAAGCACGCACCCCUGAGGGGCCCCAGUGUUGAGGAUCAGCGUGGCGGAUGUGUUGUUACCUACCCUUACCACCUGGGGGCAGCCUGUCAGGAAGUCCAGGAUCCAGUUGCAGAGGGAGGUGUUUAGUCCCAGGGUCCUUAGCUUAGUGAUGAGCUUUGUGGGCACUAUGGUGUUGAACGCUGACUAGUCUCUCAGGCCCUGCUGCUGAAAAACAUCCCCACAGCAUGAUGCUGCCACCACCAUGCUUCACCGUAGGGAUGGUGCCAGGUUUCCUCCAGAUGUGACGCUUGGCUUUCAAGCCAAAGAGUUCAAUCUUGGUUUCAUCAGACCAGAGAAUCUUUUUUCUCUUGGUCAGAGUCCUUUAGGUGUCUUUUGGCAAACUCCAAGCGGGCUGUCAUGUGCCUUUUACUGAGGAGUGGCUUCCGUCUGGUCACUCUACCAUAAAGGCCUGAUUGGUGAAGUGCUGCAGACAUGGUUGCUCUUCUGGAAGGUUCUCCCAUCUCCACAGAGGAACUCUGGAGCUCUGACAGAGUGACUAUCGGGUUCUUGGUCACCUCUCUGACCAAGACCCUUCUCCCCCGAUUGCUCAGUUUGGCCGGGUGGCCAGCUCUAGGAAGAGUCUUGGUGGUUCCAAACUUCUUCCAUUUAAGAACGAUGGAGGCCGCUGUGUUCUUGGGGACCUUCAAUGCUGCAGACACUUUUUGGUACCUUUCCCCAGAUCUGUGCUUCGACACAAUCCUGUCUCGGAGCUCUACGGACAAUUCCUUCGACCUCAUGGCUUGUUUUUUAAUUUUAUUUAAUCCAUUGUAGAAUAAGGCUGUAACAAAAUGUGAAUAAAGGGAAGGGGUCUGAAUACUUUCCGAAUGCACUGUAGAUAUAGGCCUAGACUCCCUGUGUGGUUGGGGGGUUAGAUGAGAAAGCACCAUGGACCGUACUUUUUCAUAAGCCUCCCCAGUGCUCUUCGAUCUCAGUCACGCAUCGGCAGCAACCAGUGAGCUUUUAACUUGAGGGAUUCCCCAUGACUGCCAAUGGCCAUGCUGUUUACCAAUAGGAGCAGCUGUUGGGAAAUCACAAUAUUUUUCACGGUGAGUUACUACCUGCCGAUUCUGCAAGAUUUAUAGCCCAUGCUCCUCCUCUCUCGACGGGGCCUCAUCUUUUGGCUGCCCUGUAAACUAUGCACUGAAGCGCUGUGAAUAAACUACGACCCUGCUCUUCUCCCAGCUCCCGACAUGUCUCUCUGUACUGUAAUCACAGUUGCUUAAUGGGGUGACGGUUUUUUACCAGCCUUGUUAGUGCAAACCUUUUAAAAUGGCUCCCUGUGUUACCUCCAUCACUUGUUCCACCAAGGUUGGCAGCUAAAGGUUCCCUGCUGUGUACAGUGUACUUACUCCAGGGUGGUGGGAGAGAAGCGCCGAGCUGUUAAGACAUGUCAGCACUCAGUACUAUUGUCAGUCGUUUUAGCAGCAGCAGAUAUUGCAGCGAUGGAAUAUAGGCUAGUAGCAAUUGCAGGUGUUGCUGUUAAGCAGCAAUGGAUUCAGUCAUUCUGCACAAGGGAUCCGAACUUCCUAACCUGCGUAUAACAUGUCUAUGUGUAGGCAGUGGACCAUACUUCUGCUCAGCGUGCCAGGUUACCGGUCACAGUCAGCUCUGAGAGGGCAGCAGGGUUUAGACAGCAGGUGGGUCAGACGCUGGGUACACAGAAUGCAAAUGCCCAGCAACAUGCAAAUCAAUGCAAAGUGAGUGGAGAUCCAGGUUCAGUUCCUGUGGGAGAACUCUGCUGCUCCUAACUUUUUGCCUUGUCAGCUACCUGUUUUCAUUGCUAGGUUUAUUUUUUUCUCUCCCCCACCAAAUGAUUAAACGAUGAAGGCUAGAAGUGCUUCCCUCAGCUGUCCUGAUAAUACUUACAGGCUAUGAGGUAUGAGGGGCCUUUUGAAUUUUAUCAGGUAGCCUUAAUGGUGUAGAAACCUCUAUUGCUAAUGAAAUGUAACAAAUCACCUCUUCUGAAAACAGUGCUUCUAUGAAGUCCUUGUCAGAAAUCACACCAGUUGUGGGAAUAAUGUAGUGUGGAAGCAAAUGAGCUCAUACUCUGUCUGUGACAGUCAAGAAAAUAUAGGGAAUGCAGUCCUACACAGUGCAUGACUAGGGCUGUUGUGGUGACUGUGUUACAGCCACACCGGCAGUCAUGAGUCAUGACAGCAGUCAAAUUCUACGUGACUGAGUCACGGUAAUCUCCUCUUAUGCACUCUGGACAAGCAUUGGCAGUACCCAACUCUAAUGGCCGUCAGGUCGCUAAUGGCCUUGUGCUCAGCGCUCUAUUGUCCCUCAACACUCUGAUAGCAAUGCAAAUGCAAGUGAAAAUCAUCACCCUUAUCAAAACAGUUACGUGCUUUUAAAAACUCAGCUCACUGUGAUCGAUCAAUUUGAAGAAAUAACUUCAACAACAGGUUGAACCUGAGUGGAAAACAUGGCCAUUGUGGAUGUUGUUUCAAAGCCUAACACAACGAAAUGGACAGCGCUUUCUAAGGUGAUUCAUUCAAAACACCCAUACAUAUAGAGCUUAUGCAUAGGCCUAUACAGUGCAUUUAGAAAGUAUUCAGACCCUUUGACAUUUUACACAUUUUGUUACGUUACAGCCUUAUUCUAAAAUUGAUUAAAUAAAUAAAAAUCCUCAUCAAUCUACACACAAUACCCUAUAACGACAAAGAAAACAGGUUUUUGGACUUGAACCCGAUCUAACAUCUCUGGAUAGACCUGAAAAUAGCUGUGCAGCAACGCUCCCCAUCCAAUCUGACAGAGCUUGAGAGGAUCUGCAGAGAAGAAUGUGAGAAACUCCCCAAAUACAGGUAUGCCAAGCUUGUAGCGUCAUACCCAAGAAGACUCGAGGCUGUAAUCUCUGCCAAAGGUGCUUCAACAAAGUACUGAGUGAAGGGUCUGCAUACUUACGUAAAUGUGAUAUUUCAGUUUAUUUCUUAUAAAGGUGUCAACAUUUCUAAACCUGUUUUUGUCAUUAUGGAGUAUUGUGUGUAAAUUGAUGAUUUGUAUUUAUUUAAUCCAUUUUAGAAUAAGGCUGUAACGUAACAAUGUGGAAAAAGUCAAGGGGUCUGAAUACUUUCCGAAUGAGUUCUGACAGCAUCAUGUCCCUUCCUGCCUCAGACCGCUCCUCCUCCUCCUCACAGGAGAGCCUCAACCGCCCUUAGUCUGCCAAGAGCUCCAUUGGAAACACCCUGACCCUGAGCCCAAGCCAGAACCCCCCCAGAAUUUAAAUAAUGUUUUUGUCGUUAUACAAUACAUAGCCUAAUAGGCUAUUAUGCAUGGCAGAAAAAAAACAUUAAAAAAAAAAACUACUGAUUUAAGAUGUGUUAGGUACAUAAUUGGUCAAGCCUAAAUUCUACUAAUCGCCUUUGAGUGUGGACUGUAUUAUUAUGCAUACUGGAUGGACUGGUUACCUAAUGCUACGCUCCAAACUGUCUCCAUGAGUCUGGGAGAGAACAUAUAGACAUAGGCGAUGCUGUUGGUUCAUUGAUUGUGCAGGGCGGCUUACAGAGUUAGCCUGCAAUUAUAGCGAAUUUGAUUUUGAAUCGUCUAGUAAUUGGGCAUUUUUUUAUGUUUUCAUAAUUAAUAGGUUGACACAUUACCUUGUCGCUACAGAUUAUCUCACGACCGUGUGUUUCCAUCUCCUCUCUCCUUCAUUCCUUUCUCGAAUGCGCAGAGAGGGGCUGUCAACAAUUUCAUGAAAUGUUUUGUUGUGAAAAAACAUGUUUCUAUCAGUGUUCCCGAACAGAUUUCACUUGAUUUACCAAAUGAAGCACUGGGUUGGAGAGCCCAUGGCAUAGUGAGUUUGGUUGGAAUAUCACCCGUUGCGCAGCGAGAGGCUGCAUGGUCCUCAAACAGUGGUUGAUGUGUUAAAGCAGAGUUUUGAAGGUCACCACUAAAAAGAGGAGGAUCCCAGCUGCUACUGUGUAGUUAUUUCUCAGCUGCUAAUAUUAAGCACAUGCUUCGCUAUAAAACCGGAGUAGCCUACCCGGCAUGAUUAAAAAACGAACCGUGGGAAAGUGGCCUCCAUUCGCUAUUCCAAGUGCAUACGGAUAACAUCUAUUUUUACCCCUGUUCCUGUACAUUUGAUAAGGGGCCAUUCUAAAUCGAUUUUUUAAAAACAUAUUAGUAAAGACUAGUUUAAAUUGAGAAUAGUCUGAUGGGUGAAAACAUGAUCACUUGAUGGAGAGAACGUGUGCAGCCUGAGGCAAGGAACAGAGCGCAAGCUUUUUUUGUCGCAUCAUGCAGCCCAUAUAUGUUUUGAUUUCUAAGACAUUCUAAAGUUUGUAUCAUUCACAACUAAAGUUGCCAAAUAACUCUAAAUCUAGCGUAUAGGACCUGUUUCAAAUGAUCACUCUUACACUCAACAUAGCCACUUCAUAUGCACACUCGCUCCGAAAUGGGAAAAAUAUCAUUUUUUAUCCUUCCUUAUUUAUUUUAUUCAGCUAAAUUCAAUUAUAUUCUUCUUACUAUAAAAUCAUAUAAUAUAAAAUAAUGGCACUGGACUUACAGUGAGGGGAAAAAAGUAUUUGAUCCCCUGCUGAUUUUGUAUGUUUGCCCACUGACAAAGAAAUGAUCAGUCUAUAAAUUUUAUGGUAACAACAAAAAAAUCCAGAAAAACGCAUGUCAAAAAUGUUAUAAAUUGAUUUGCAUUUUAAUGAGGGAAAUAAGUAUUUGACCCCCUCUCAAUCAGAAAGAUUUCUGGCUCCCAGGUGUCUUUUAUACAGGUAACGAGCUGAGAUUAGGAGCACACUCUUAAAGGGAGUGCUCCUAAUCUCAGCUUGUUACCUGUAUAAAAGACACCUGUCCAAUCAAUCAAUCAAUCAGAUUCCAAACUCUCCACCAUGGCCAAGACCAAGGAUGUCAGGGACAAGAUUGUAGACCUACACAAGGCUGGAAUGGGCUACAAGACCAUCGCCAAGCAGCUUGGUGAGAAGGUGACAACAGUUAGUGCGAUUAUUCGCAAAUGGAAGAAACACAAAAUAACUGUCAAUCUCCCUCGGCCUGGGGCUCCAUGCAAGAUCUCACCUCGUGGAGUUGCAAUGAUCAUGAGAACGGUGAGGAAUCAGCCCAGAACUACACGGGAGGAUCUUGUCAAUGAUCUCAAGGCAGCUGGGACCAAAGUCACCAAAAAAACAAUUGGUAACACACUACGCCGUGAAGGACUGAAAUCCUGCAGCACCCGCAAGGUCCCCCUGCUCAAGAAAGCACAAAUACAGGCCCGUCUGAAGUUUGCCAAUGAACAUCUGAAUGAUUCAGAGGAGAACUGGGUGAAAGUGUUGUGGUCAGAAGAGACCAAAAUCGAGCUCUUUGGCAUCAACUCAACUAGCCGUGUUUGGAGAAGGAGGAAUGCUGCUUAUGACCCCAAGAACACCAUCCUCACCAUCAAACAUGGAGGUGGAAACAUUAUGCUUUGGGGCUGUUUUUCUGCUAAGGGGACAGGACAACUUCACCGCAUCAAAGGGAUGAUGGACAGGGCCAUGUACCGUCAAAUCUUGGGUGAGAACCUCCUUCCCUCAGCCAGGGCAUUGAAAAAGGGUCGUGGAUGGGUAUUCCAGCAUGACAAUGACCCAAAACACACGGCCAAGGCAACAAAGGAGUGGCUCAAGAAGAAGCACAUUAAGGUCCUGGAGUGGCCUAGCCAGUCUCCAGACCUUAAUCCCAUUAGAAAAUCAGUGGAGGGAGCUGAAGGUUCGAGUUGCCAAAUGUCAUCCUCGAAACCUUAAUGACUUGGAGAAGAUCUGCAAAGAGGAGUGGGACAAAAUCCCUCCUGAGAUGUGUGCAAACCUGGUGGCCAACUACAAGAAACGUCUAACCUCUGUGAUUGCCAACAAGGGUUUUGCCACCAAGGACUAAGUAAUGUUUUGCAGAGGAGUCAAAUACUUAUUUCCCUCAUUAAAAUGCAAAUCAAUUUAUAACAUUUUUGACAUGCGUUUUUCUGGAUUUUUGUAUUGUUAUUCUGUCUCUCACUGUUCAAAUAAACCUACCAUUCAAAUUAUAGACUGAUCAUGUCUUUGUCAGUGGGCAAACGUACAAAAUCAGCAGGGGAUCAAAUACUUUUUUCUCUCACUGUAGAAGCAUAUCCUGUCAGCUAAAUGAACAAGCCUAUGGCAUGGAGCAUAGCCAGAUAACAACAUACAGUUGGUCAACUCAUAUUCUGUUCUUCUGAAAAAUACCUGCCUAAAAUAAAUAAUGGAUUUAUUGUUAUGGUGUGUAUUAAAUGGGUUUAUUAGACUUUUUCAAAUGUAGAUGUUCCAAAGGCGUGCCUCAGAGCCUUGUAUGUGUGGAGGCCUGGAGAUGCUAAACGUGUUUGUUAAUUAAUGGUAAAUUACCGUGAGACUGGAAGUCAUCUGCAUGACAAUAACCGACUGAUAAAGUUUAAUGACCGCCACAGCCCUAUUCAUGUCAGAUCCCUAAAGGAUUGACUGAGUUACAGUACAUCUCCUAAUGAUUGGAUCAUGUAGUACCUCUUGAAGUGCAUCUUGACUGUAUCAAAUGUAAUCCAUUCCAUGCGGAUUGUGAAGUACACCCAAGGGUUGCCCGACUUUCUCAGGCAUUCCAGAACUACUUUAACACCUGAACGGUGUGCCACUCUGCCUUUUCUUCAGAUUGGUAUUCCCCAAAACCCUUUGGUGCUAGUCUGCAUUCAUUUUAGCACCUCUCCCGUCUCCGAACAGGGACCUAAGCAGUGUGUCGCACCCCACCUCUGCAUCCUUCCUUCUUUAUCCCGCCCCGUCAUCAGCUCUCCUUCUCUCCCCUCUCUUUAUUCAAACUGCUUCAAAUAAGUCUGACAGCCGUCAUUAAUUGUGUAUGAUAACGCAAGUCCCUUUGCACAAGAUGGGUCACACCGUUUGUAGAGGGAGGAGCAGAUAUCAUUUAAUGUGUCAGUGAGUGCCUCUGCGGUUCCCACGUCUUUUCUCUCCCACUCUCAAGGGGGAUAUCUGCCAGCCGCUCCCUCUCCAGCCGUAGAAAAGAUUUGAGGGCUGAAUAAAUGUGACACUGUUUAACCAUAGGGCUCUGUCAAGCCAAUAAACUACCCUUUGUUACUGUAAAGAAAUGGACCAGGCACAUUUUUAAGCUGACGGGCCAAGAUUCGAAGCUAUGUGGGGGAAAUACAGACUACAGAGAGCCCAGCAUCUGUUGUUCUGGGGGCAACCAAACAGCGAUUACUUUAGCAUUUGUUUUAACUGACAAAGUGUUAGCCUCUAGGUCAAUCCUCAGGACGGGGAGACUGGUUUGGAUGAUUUGGGUGAGCGGCGCAAUAAGACAAUGGUUGAUAGAGUUUAGCGCUCCUAGGCUGACUAGCUAAUUAGAAAUGAGAAACACGGAAGGCAGAGAUGACCCAUAGUGCCCUGGACUCGUCUCUGCCUGGCAUAGCAUACAUCAGGCUAUCACUCACACUUAAACAUAGCCCCUCUGACUUCAGAAACGUUUCACACAAGCCUAAUUAGGUCCGGUCUCAUGAGUUAUAGACCGAGAACUGUAAGGUUUGGCUGUUUGAGGCCUCAGCCUUGAACUGGGCAAUUAGUCCUCAUAUGGGUGGAGAAGAUCUCCUUACCUGGUUUUCCCCAAUUGUAAAUCCAGUGCGGAUUCAAUUAACUUGACUCACUCUUGUGGUAUGUCAAGCAAGUGGAUGCAGCAAGCCAACACUUGCUUGACGUAUCACUCUCCUGCCUGACCUGUGGAGUUCCAACUAACUGCUCGAUGGAUAAGUGACAAUACAUUAGGGUUCAUUAAAAGUUUAUUCCCAUUCAUCAGUGUUUUGCAUUUUAUAUCCAGGAUAAGACAAGUAUCCCAUCCAUAUGCUUGAAGGUGCCAUAAAUGUUCCAUUACAGUCCCUCUAUCUUGUCUCUUUCUCUCUCCAGGUAUAUCCAGGUUUGAUGGUCACCGCAGGCCUUAUCCACUACGUACUGAACCUGCUGCACUUGACGGUGCACAUCCGGGAUGUGUGCGUUUUCCUGGCGCCCGUGUUCAGUGGCCUGACGUCCAUCUCCACCUUUCUGCUGACGCGGGAGCUGUGGAACCAGGGGGCGGGGCUUCUGGCUGCCUGCUUUAUCGCCAUCGUGCCCGGGUACAUCUCCCGCUCAGUGGCCGGCUCCUUCGACAACGAGGGCAUUGCCAUCUUCGCCCUCCAAUUCACCUACUACCUUUGGGUAAGCCUGCACCUUCCAGUUUGAACUUUAUCCUUUAUAAAUCCCUUUUUAGAUCCAUUAUUUGAUUUUAAUUUUACGACUACAGGUGUUUCUCAACAUUGAUACUACCGCGCGCCACACUCUCAUGCUCCGAGUGCAUUCUCCGAGGAUGUUCUCUUGAGUACGUUCUUGUGAGGAUGAGUGUGUAGAACGCAUAAAACAUAACAUUUGAGAAGCACUCGCACUCCCCCCUACUGUAUUACCUCACGCUGCUCCUCCCCUUUCACUGAACCUUCUUCCAGCCAGGCAGCAUUUCAUUUCGAAGUCAGUGUAUUUUCUCUCGCUUCAGAUCAAAUAAUUUCAAAAAAUGUUGCAUAAUUUUGGACGUGAUUACGUCAGUGCAUACUUUCCGUUGAAGCUUGCAUCGAUGCAUGCUUCAGAAUAUGUACAAACGGAUGCAUUCGUGAAGUGCCCUCCGUGCUCCGUUUCACAUACUUUGAUAUGGACUCGUAAACCGCCCCUUGAUGUUCUUUUUGUGUGUUGUCCGAUCGUAUACUCAUGGCCCAUUGCUGUGAAGAGGGACAUGUUCUAUUUGACGAGAUUUGCAGUCAAUGCGCUAAUAGCUGCUUUGAUGGGGUUAAAUUAUUGAUACACUGAGAACCUUCACUCAGUCUGCUGACUGUCUGGGACAUGGUGUGUAGGUUUCAGUCGCUGCUGGUGACCUUUAAAAAAAAAUUAGCAAUCGAAAAUAUCUAAGGUUGGAGGUGCAAUGGGUUUCUUUCUUAUCACACUUGAACAGUCCAUUCAAUUGAACAGUAACCCUUUUUUCUCUUAAUAUCACAAAUAAACUGCCCUGAUAGGCCUAGCGGAAUGUCGGAUAAUAUAACCAGAUAUUGGAUAAGCUAACGUAGACGAGGUGAAAGGAUUAUCUAUGAGCACAAUGGCUUACAAUACCAUAGAAAUGGGCCAUACGCUGUAGAAGGAGGAUUCUAGGCAAAAUAAACUGCCAUUGUCACAUGAUGUGCCCUCAGUGCGUGUCCUCUCCCUUCAAUGGCAAUAGAGCCGCAGCGUCGCUCACACCGCUCUACUCCCGCCCACGUUUUGUACAUUAUGCUCCCUGAUGACUUGAGGCCGAUGCAGGUGCAUGCAACGUAUACACAUAGAUGAAAUUGAAGUGCAUUGUAAAUGGGCAAAUGUGGCAUUCAUCAGCAUUCAUUUCCCCCUCCUUAUCAAAGUCGACCUUGGCAGGGGGCGCCUGGCUCCCCAUCAGUUCCCUUGAUUAAUUUAACUUGGUUGGCCUCUAAGCCCCUCCAGACAAGCUGAGAAUCGCAAGGAUCGCUCCACACUGUCAUCCGCAAGGAUUUUUCAGGAGUAAAACUGAACAGGGCUCUUAACAAACAGGGAGCGAGGUUGUUUUCUUCCUCCCAAGGACACACCGGCAUUCACGCAGGUAAACGUGACACGUUCUCUCUCUCCCACCAUGCUUCACUUGUUUUAGUCACCAAUGGCAAGCUCUGCAGGACUCAGUGCGCCUGUGAAGGUAGAAAGGACCUUGUGUCCGUCCGUUCGUGCAUCUCAGUCAGCAUACCUUUGUCCAGUCAAGCAUGUGCGUUGUUCCUGAACUUUUUUGUCUCUAUGCAUUUAUCAGUCAGUAGACUUCUUUCAGCUUGACACUUGACCUAAGUACGGACAUAUUGAACUCCUGAGGGGACUUGAGACACCAACUGUUGCUUCCAUAGCUUGAAUACCCAUGUCAGGGUUCUGGAGUGUCAUGUUAACUCAGGCGAGUGUGACUGAGCUGAUAACGCCACUUGGUUUGAAGAGCCUCUGCUUUCAUCAACCAGCCACACACAAACCCACACACCCUGGAGUUGCCAGAGUUGUGUGACAGAGCGUUUAACCUCCCGCCCAGAGUGUCACAGAGAACCUCCCACAUUAUGGGUGUGAUUGUCAGAGCCAUGACUGACUCCAGACCCAGAGGGGCUCCACCCCUGUUGUUACAUGAAACGCAGACAGCCAAUGUAUAAUUUGCUCGAUAUUAUGCAUUUACUCAAGUACCGCUAAAACACUACCAGGGACAUUGUCUGUAAUGCUAGUAUGAUUACUUGGGAACCUGCAGUGUCUGAUUUGUGAUGAAGUGUUUUCCUUGUCAUAAUGAUUCGAUACAAAUCAUUUAAAUAUUUGGUUUAGGCAGAGGAGCAGCUGUUGCAUCUGCAGCAUCAUAAGAGCUUUUAAUUGCAUUCCACAUGGACCAUGCCUGUCUUAGAACGAACCAACACAACGAGUGUGUCCCAAAUGGCAUCGUACUUCCUAUAUAGUGCACCUCUGUUAACCAGAGCCCUAUGGGCCCUGGGCAAAAGUAGCGCACUAUAUAGGGAAUAGGGUGCCAUGAUUUGGAAUGCAGACAAUGAGUGUUCCAGGUGACACUGGUGUCCCCCACCGGCGCCAUCAGUAUAAAAAAUUAAUAAAUAACAUCAUUCCAUUUGGCGAAAGCCCCGAAAAAACAAUCAUCCCGGCUACGCGUCACUGCUUUCCAUUAUCACUCUCAUUUACCCACGUUUAUCUCAGCGCUUUCACCAUCUCUCUCAUUCUCUUUAGCCGAUCCCGCCUCGCAUGCUGAAAUCGGUGCCUCUGCCAGGCUUCUUCUCCAAUCUUCAUUAUCCCUCUCCUUCAUUUUAUCUGCUAAUAACCCAUUCGACUCCAGCCAUUUAAUCUGCCUGGGUCGGCUCCCCUCAUCCCCUCCCUAUUCUAGAAUUGAAUCCUCUCGCACCCCAGAGACCUUCCCUUUUUAACACUAGCGCUACCCCCCGAACCCCCCUCCACCGUGCUUACAUUGUUGUCCCACUAAUUCCACAGUUUCUCCGGGGGGGAGUAAAUGAGAGACGUAUUUGAACAUGAGCGAUCACGUGACCGUGUGAGGGGAGUAGAGAGAGACGUAUUUCAACAUGACCGUGCAAAUGCUCUGCAUAGUAGUCUCGAGCCCUGGUAGAUUCUAUGCUAGCUGCCUUUUUAAUUGUCUGUGGCACUGGGAAAGCUAUAGGCUUCCGGUGUUCCUCAGUUGCCUACAUCUUUGUCAGCUCCCUCAGGAUUACCUGUGAGAUGUGUAGCCUGCUUUCCACCGCUGAUCAAUCAAUCCUCAUCAGCAGGUCAAGUGACUGUGAUGUGUCCCUCAGACGGCGUUCGAUAAAACAUUCUGUGCCCCCGCCUGUCCUGCACCCUGCCAUCACUUUCCCACAGUGUCAUGAAAGGUAAAACGGGCUGUCUGUCAGACAUGGUCCCUUUUAAUGUGUUGACUCAGGCUGUGGGGUGAGACCAGGUAACCAGCAGUCCCAGCUAGUGUGUCAGGAGCAGACUAAUAUGCUAGGCAGCCCUCUCUUUAAACACUAGCAAGGCCGCUGGGCCAGACUCAAUACCAGGGCACGUUCUCAGAGCAUGGGCAGACCAGCUGGCAAGUGUCUUCACGGACAUUUUCAAUCUCUCCUUGUCCCAGUCUGUAAUCCCAACAUGUUUCAAGCUGGCCACCAUUGGCCCUGUUCCCAAGAACUCCAUGGUAACCUGCCUAAAUGACUAUCGUCCUGUAGCUAUCACAUCUGUAAUUAUGAAGUGCUUUAAAAGGCUGGUCAUGACACACAUCAACACCAUCAUCCCAGACACCUUGGACUUGCAUACCGCCCCAACAGAUCCACAGGUGACGCCAUCUCAAUUGCACUUUACAGUGCUCUCUCCCACUUUGACAAGAGGGGAAAUGACUGUGAAAAUGCUGUUCCUAGACUAUAGCUCAGCGUUCAACACCAUAGUCCCCUCCAAGCACAUCACCAAGCUCGGGACCCUAGGACUGAACACCUCCCUCUGCAGCUGGAUCCUGGACUUCCUGACGGGCCAGACCCAGGUGGUGAGGGUAGGCAACAACAUCUCCACCACACUGACCCACGACACGGGGCCCCUCAAGAGUGUGCACUAAGUUCCUUCCUGUACUCCCUGUACGCACGACUCCAACACCAUCGUCAAGUUUGCUGAAGACACAAUGGUGGUAGGCCUGAUCACCGACGGUGAUGAGACAGUCUACAGGGAGGUCAGAGACUUGGCAGUGUGAUGACAGGACUACGGCCUCUCCCUCAUCGACAGUAAGAUCAAGGAGUUGAUCGUGGACUACAGGAAAAAGGGCGGAGUGCAUGCCCCCAUCCACAUCGACGGGGCUGUAGUGGAGUGCCUCUUCCCCUUCAAGAGGCUACAAAGAUUUGGCAUGGGCCCUCGGAUCCUCUAAAGGUUAUACAGCUGCACCAUCGAGAGCAUCUUGACUGGCUGAAUCACCGCUUGGUAUGGCAAAUGCACCGCCCUCUACUGCAAAGCGCUACAGAGGGUGUUACGGACAGCCCAAUACAUCACUCCCUGUCAUCCAUCAUCCAGUUAAAUUUUACAAAUGAAUUAAAAUUGAAACGCUGAAAUGUGUUGAGUCAAUAAGUAUUCAACCCAUUUGUUAUGGCAAGCCUAAAUAAGUUCAGGAGUAAGAAUUUGAUUAACAAGUCACAUAAGUUGCAUGCACUCACUGUGUGCAAUAAGUGUUUUAAAAUGUGCUUAACAAGUUGCAUGGACUUUUGAAUGACUACCAUCGUACCCCACACAUACAAUUGUCUGGAAGGUCCCUCAAAUAAGCAGUGCGUUUCAAAGACAGAUUUAACAACAAAGAUCUGGGAGGUUUUCCAAUGCCUCACAAAGAAGGGCACCUAUUAGAAUAGGGGUAAAAAUACAAAAAGCAGACAUUGAAUAUCCCUUUGAGCAUGGUGAAGUUAUUAAUUACACUUUGAAUGGUGUAUAUACACCCAGUCACUACAAAGAUACAGGCAUCCUUUCUAACUCAGUUGCCGGAGAGGAAGGCAACAGCUCAGGGAUUUCACCAUGAGGCCAAUGGUGACUUUAAAACAGGUGUAACACAACUAAAUGUGGAAUAUGUCAAAGGGUAUGAAUACUUUAUGAAGGCACUGUAAGUGGUUACCCGGACAAUCUGCUCUGACCCUAUCUUGCACUGCCUCUAUGCACACUCGCAAGACCAUAUAUGCACUAUAGAGUAUAUACACACACACUACACUGACAUUCUCACAUAAACUCACACACACACACUACAUACACACACACUUUCACACUCAUAUGCUGCUGCGACUCUGUUCUGUAUUUUACUAUCCUGAUGCAUAGUAAUUUUACCCUCCCUUUUAUGUACAGAUCUACUGCAAAUACCUUGUACCCCACACAGUGAUGUGGUACUGGUACUCCCUGUAUAUAUCUUUAUUCUUGUGUAUUUAAUUUAUCUUGUAACAAUUAAUGUUUUUAUUCGUUUUUCUGCAUCGUUGGGAAAGGCUUGUAAGUAAGCAUUUCACUGUAAAGUCUACACCCGUUGUAUUCGGCACAAGUGACAAAUAACAUUUUGAUUUGGUCUCUGUACAGCUGGGAAAAAGGAAAGGGGUUACCUAGUCAGUUGUACAACUGAAUGCAUUCAGCUGAAAUGUCUUCCGCAUUUAACCCAACCCCUCUGAAUCAGAGAGGUGCGGGGGGCUGCCUUAAUCCACAUCCACAUCAUCGGCUGCCCCCCAAUAUACAGUCUGAUGCCCCUUAAUCUGUUUAGGAGCUAUAAUUAACAGACUGUUAAUGAAACUACCAUGGUGUUUCACUAACACUUUUUUCCACAUUUCCAUCAAGAGAAUGUAGGCUUUCCAUCAAGUGAAUGUAGGCUAUGUUAGUUAAAGCAUACUGUGGGAGUUAGAAAGUGCUAAGGACUUUGUUGUCCUGGAUGAUACAGUGCAUUCGGAAAGUAUUCAGACCUCUUGACCUUUUCCACAUUUAGUUACGUACAGCCUUAUUCUGAAAGGGUUUAAAUAAAUAAAAAAUGAAUCAAUCUACACACAAUACCCCAUAAUGACAAAGUGAAAACAGGUUUUUAGAAAUAUUUGCAAAUGUAUUAAAAAUGAACAGAAACCUUAUUUACAUAGGUAUUCAGACCCUUUGCUACGAGACUCGAAAUUGAGCACAGGUGUGUCCUCUUUCCAUUGAUCAUCCUCGAUGUUUCUAUAACUUGAUUGGAGUCCACCUGUGGUCAAUUCUAUUGAUUUGGACAUGAUUUGGAAAGGUACACACCUGUCUAUAUAAGGUCCCACAAUUGACAGUGCAUGUCAGAGCUAAAACCAAGCCAUGAGGUCGAAGGAAUUGUCUCCGAGACAGGAUUGUGUCGACGCACAGAUCUGGGGAAGGGUUCCAAAACAUUUCUGCAGCAUUGAAGUUCCCCAAGAACACAGUGGCCUCCAUCAUUCUUAAAUGGAAGAAGUUUGGAACCACCAAGACUCUUCUUAGAGCUGGCCGCCCGGCCAAACUGAGCAAUCGGGGGAGAAGGGCCUUGGUCAGGGAGGUCACCAAAAACCUGAUGGUCACUCUGAAAGAGCUCCAGAGUUCCUCUGUGGAGAUUAGAUAACCUUCCACAAGGACAACCAUCUCUGCAGCACUCUACCAAUCAGGCCUUUAUGAUAGAGUAGCCAGAUGGAAGCCACUCUUCAGUAAAAUGCACAUGACAGCCCACUUGGAGUUUGCCAAAAGGCACCUAAAGAACUUCCAGACCAUGAGAAACAAGAUUCUCUGCUCUGAUGAAACCAAGAUUGAACGCUUUGGCCUGAAUGCCAAGCGUCACGUCUGGAAGAAACCAGGCACCAUCCCUACGGUGAAGCAUGGUGGUGGCAGCGUCAUGCUGUGUGGAUGGUUUUUAGUGGCAGGGAGACUAGUCAGGAUUGAGGGAAAGAUGAACCGAGCAAAGUACAUAGAGAUCCUUGAUGAAAACCUGCUCCAGAGCGCUCAGGACCUCCGACUGGGGCGAAGGUUCAUCUUCCAACAGGGCAACGACCCUAAGCACACAGACAACGUAGGAGUGGCUUCGGGACAAGUUUCUGAAUGUCCUUGAGUGGCCCAGCCAGAGCCCGGACUUGAAUCCAAACGAACAUCUCUGGAGAGACCUGUAAAUAGCUGUGCAGCGACACUCCCUAUCCAACCUGACAGCUUGAGAAGAUCUGUAGAGAAGAAUGGGAGAAACUCCCCAAAUACAGGUGUUCCAAGCUUGUAGCGACAUACCCAAGAAGACUCGAGGCUGUAAUUGCUGCCAAAGCUGCUUCAACAAAGUACUGAGUAAAGGGUCUUAAUACUUCUGCAAAUGUGAUAUUUCUGUUUUUGGGGUAUUGUGUGUAGAUUGUUGAGGGGGGGGGGGGGGGGGACAUUUAAUCCAUUUUAGAAUAAGGUUGUAAUGUAACAAAAUGUGAAAAGUCAAGGUGUCUGAAUACUUUCCGUAUGCACUGUAUGUUUGACAGAAUGACAGAAUCAGUUUACUGGUCCUUAAUCCUUUGUUGUGUCUGUUCUCCCCGUCACAGGUGAAAUCGAUCAAGACCGGCUCAGUGUUCUGGUCCAUUGGCUGCUGCCUCUCCUACUUCUACAUGGUGAGUGUCAAAGAGCCUUAAUUGUUACUCGUAAACACAUAGAAAACAGUUUCAUUGACUUCCACCAACAUAGCAUCCCAUCUCUGGCAAUGGGAAUUGGAAGUCAUGAUUACAGUAAGAUUACCCCAAGAUAGCAUUGUUGAGUGCAAUCGUAGACGUCAAAAGCGGUAAUGAGUGGCGUGAAAAAGGAGUCUGCACCGGCGCGUUAAACGUUAUUUAUGAAACCCCCCCCUGAAACCCCCCCCUGUCGGGGUCGAUGGAGAGAGAAAAUAAAAGAUAAACAGAGCCGACUGCCUCCCAGACAGGUUUCUUUGUGUACGAUUGGUGAUGUUGAGCGCCUGCAAAGAUCUUCUGCUUCCAGUGUCUUCACAGUUAAGUCUCCCCUCUGCUCCGGAAAAUACAUAUGUCAAAUGAAACGGAUUACAGAGAUUCAGCUGCCAUCGAUCAUGUCGGGGCCCAGCAUCCAAACUCCGGCAGGGAAAAGCCACUAAUGACCACAUCUGAAGAGAUAUGAGAGCAGGGAGAUUUUCUACUGAGAGAAACCACAGCAAUUUUAUAAGCCCCUCUCUCAUUCUGUCUGUCUCCUCCGGAGUGAGAAUAUUUCGACCUCCCCCUCUCUACGGUUCUGAGUAGAGGGAGUACAGCUACAACCGGAAGUUACUUUUUCGUAGCAGGUUAGGAUAAUUAACAUGGCAGGUUAGGAGACUUAGGUUAAGGUUAGGAAAAGGGUUACGGUUAGCUAAAAUGCUCUCAUAACCUGCUACAAAAAGUCACUUCCAGUCGUAGGUGUACUCCCUCUAGUCACAACUCCGCUCUACCCAUCCCUCCCACUAACAUCCUUCUGAUGUCUGACCUGUUGCAGGGUUUGUUGGCAACACGACAAGCCCGUAUCUCCUUUGUCGGCAACACGACAAGCCCGUAUCUCCUUUGUCGGCAACACGACAAGCCCGUAUCUCCUUUGUCACACGCUCUCACGACCCUCUAGUGCCCCAUUACUCAACUGGCAGACCGAAUCCGGACGUACAACAGAGUCAGUACCCCCUAGUGCCCCCAAUACUCGGUCGUACUUCGACACCUGGUAUCAUAUAAACACACAUAAGACAUGGAAGAAUACGUAGAAUUGCAGGAAAUGAGCUUUAAAUCAGCCCAAAAAUCUCUGCCCCAUGCAAAAUGUGUUGAACUGUGGAAAUUAGCUUUAAAACUGCAACAUUUUCUCUCUGCCAACAAGAGGGGUGUGAACAGUUUGGGGUCGCAUGGAUUGCGAGGUGGGAGUUUACUACGCCGAUAAAUUACAUUAUCCAGCUGGACCUUUGCCACCUAGGAAAUUUGUGUGACCGGACCUUCUCAAAUAUUACUUGAGUACCCCUGCUCUAGUGGGUGUGAGUAGUUGCAGCCCUACAUGCUGCAAUAUCUACCCCUCCACCGUUUCUCCCCUCCCACUGUUGAUUAAGGAUACCCACCCAUGGGGCUUAAUCGAACAUGACACAUGCACAGCGAGAGAUUCCGUGCUCAGCUCUGUGUCAUGAUCAGACCAUGGAGGGAGAGAAGAAGCUCAGUUGAGACGUCAUGAUGGACAAGAACUGCGAAAGCCCCUACUGUGAGAGCUGCCUGAUGUUCUAUCUUAUGUCUCCCGGGAGAGAAUGUGUUUUCCCUAAGUGACAACUCCCUCCUACCCUGCCAGAACCCCCCUCCCCCGACCACGAGCAUCAUGGGAGCACUUCUGAAGUUCUUUUCACUCAAAGUAUUUGAGGCAUUCUCAGCAGCACAACUCAGCUCUUCAUGUGAUUGUAAGAUGUGCCGCUUUCUGGAGGUUAUUAUUAGAAGUCAAGCGAUAAAAUCACAACUCGAGGCCCUUUUUACAUUAAAGAAAUCUAUCCAGCGCUUUGCAGUGGUUCACCUACCUCCCCGGGCCCCACCUGACUUUCAACAAAACGACUUUCUCCCACAAAUAACUUUAUUUUCUCAGUCAAGGCCACAGCUUAUAUCCUCCACUCAUGCCAUCUGAUACCCCCGUAGGUGACCGACAGCAUCUCAGGUUAUUCUGUUUCCAGCAUCCUAAAGAGGUCCCUGAGCCUCUUUUAGCCGCCUUCUGAGGCAUUCAAAUCUAUGCCCUUUUACCACUACAAUACCCUCCGUCCCCCUAUGCUUCUUCAUAGUAAUGAGAGCAGUGGAGUGUGGGUAAAGAAAAUGGCUAAAGUCUAAUGGUGUCUGGCUCUUUGCUGACCCCAUUAUGAACAGUCGCAGGGCCAAAUGCUAAUUUGAGAUGCACUUGUUGUAGUACACACACUAACAGGUUAGCGUUGGGCCCAUAGGAAGCCCUAACAUAGUGUAACAGCCCUUCCUCCUGGUUGUAUUGUAACAUACACAAACUGCUCGUCCUCCUGGUUGUAUUGUAACAUACACAAACUGCUCGUCCUCCUGGUUGUAUUGUAACAUGCACAAACUGCUCGUCCUCCUGGUUGUAUUGUAACAUACACAAACUGCUCGUCCUCCUGGUUGUAUUCAUUUCAUUUCAUUUCAGUCAUUUAGCAGACGCUCUUAUCCAGAGCGACUUACAGGAGCAAUUAGGGUUAAGUGCCUUGCUCAAGGGCACAUCGACAGAUUUUUCACCUAGUCGGCUCGGGGAUUAGAACCAGCGACCUUUCAGUUACUGGCACAACGCUCUUAACCACUAAGCUACCUGCAAACUGCUCGUCCACCUGGUUGUAUUGUAACAUACAGAAAAGGUUGUUCCUCAUUGUAUUGUAAAGGAAGCUUGUCCAAGGACAACUGCUCUUCUCAUAGAAAUACUGUCAGAACAUGGCAUGAAAGCCUUACAGGGAUGUCACUCAGAUGUUUCAAUACACACAGGGGAUAUUAUGAGGAUGUGGCUUAUCUAAUUAGGGAAUCUGCUAACUACAUUAUCUCCAGCUUAUAACAUUCCUGAUAGUUACUAUUGCCAGAAGGAUAUAUUAUUAACUCAAAGCCAGAGUAAGAAGUGGUUUUAUUGAGAUUCAUUAAGCAGGAUGCCUAGCGGCCUAACCAGAAAAAACAUUGUUUCAAUCGAGGCCUUUCUCAUGGGAAGUGUGAUAGGUUUCUAGCUAAAACAUCGUUUUUGCUGGUUUCUUGAUGUAGGACUGAGCUAUAUCGAUAAAUACAUUAUUUACUCUAACAAGCAUAUUGAUUGUGUAUGCACCAGCUCUUUCAGCUACCUCACUGUCUCUUAGCAGACUUUAUUUUGGUGGUAAACAAGAUAUUUUGUGCUUGGUGGUGCAGAGAUUUUGACUGUACUGUCCUCAAAGAGUCUGAGUACAGAGUUGUUUCAAGCUUUGUCUUCGAUAUGGCUCGGUGUCUCCAGAAGAUUGCUGCUUGCUUAUUCGACCCUCAACCAUGUGGGGGAAGUAAUGCAGAAAAUGUUUCUCAUACACAAGCUUCUCUCUCUCUCUCAAACAACACACACACACAACGGCGAGGUCAUUAGCAGUACAUGUGUGAGAUGUUUGGUCAAAUUACGCUCCGUGGCCAGGAGGCUGCGGCAUGCGACCCUCGGCGCAAGAUACUAGCCUCACUCUCUCCUCUCCUCACUGAUACCGCCCAGCAGUUCCUCUGGGCCGGCGUUGUGUUUUCAAUUAUCAACCUCUUCUCUCACAGAGAACCGCUGCGGCUGUGUUAACACAGGAAAUUCGCUCAAAAUGGGAGUUGUCUCUGUAAUCAUUCAAGUUACAGUUCAACUGCACCUAAUUUAGCUCACACCAUCUGAAGCUAAAGAUGGAAAUGGCUGUGAAAAGAUAAUUGCACUUAACCACUCCGGAACAAACUUAUUGAGGGGAGUUUUAUCUCCUUCUAGUGUGACUCUUUGUUUUAGUUUUUUCGCAAUUAGAAGUAAUUGCAAAACAUAUUUUAAUCAUAGAUGAGUGAUUGUGAAUUAAAUGUGUGACUAAGCAGGUGUGUGUGUGUGUGUGAGAGAGUCUACGAUCCUUCUGUCUGUGCUCUGUACAUCCUACGUACUGCAGUUGAUGUUUUUGUAGAGUAUUUUAUAGUCCCCUUGUUUCACGCUGCAAGUCUGAGACAGUGUUGCUGCAUAAUUUCAUGGAGCUUUUAAAAUUAUUGAUGCAUUUUACUUUACGGUCAUACAGUGUUAAAUAUGAUUGCAUUGGUUUUAUAUGGGGCCACUGCGCAUUUCCAUGCAUUCCUGGUGGCAUGUGUGUUUUGCUGAUGGCUCUGUGUUUGUUGCAGGUGUCAGCAUGGGGAGGAUAUGUCUUCAUCAUCAACCUGAUCCCCCUGCAUGUGUUUGUGCUGCUGCUCAUGCAGCGCUACAGCAGGAGGGUCUAUAUCGGUGAGUGACCACAAACACUUUCAUCUGCUAAAGAGAUGUGAACAUAAACCCUCUACACUGAGUGUACAAAAUAUUAGGAACAUGACAUGGACUGACCAGGUGAAUCCAGGUGAAAGCUAUGAUCCCUUAUUGAUAUCAGUUAAAUCCACUUCAAUCAGCGUAGAUGAAGGGGAGGAGACAGGUUAAAGAAGGAUUUUUAAGCCUUGAGACAAUUGAGACUUGGAUUGUGUAUGUGUGCCAUUGAGGGUGAAUGGGCAAGACAAAAUAUUUGAGUGCCUUUGAACAGGGUAUGGUAGUAGGUGCCAGGCGAACCGGUUUGAGUGUGUAAAGAACUGCAACGCUGUUGGGUUUUUCAUGCUCAACAGUUUCCCGUGUGUAUCAAGAAUGGUCCACCACCCAAAGGACACCCAGCCAACUUGACACAACUGUGGGAAGCAUUGGAGUGAAUAUGGGCCAGCAUCCCUGUGGAACGCUUUCGACACCUUGUAGAGUCCAUGGCCUGACAAAUUGAGGCUGUACUGAGGGCAAAGGGGGGUGCAAAUCAAUAUUAGGAAGGUAUUCCUGAUGUUUUGUACACUCAGUUGAUAUGUGAACGCAAACCUUCUAUCUGCUAAAGAGAUGUGACUGCACGCACCUGUUUUCCUCAAAACAACCACAAAUACUCUACCGAAUGUGACUGAAAACUGAGUUUAAUAAUUCUGAAUUUGACUGCGUAUAUCUUCCUGUAAAUUGCUUAUAUUCGUCCUUGAGGCUUACAGAACACAACCCAUCAUUGUCAGACAGACAACAUUGCAGAAAUGCUGCAGCAUCGUAGGCAGUACAUAUUUAGCUGAGCUGAAGGAACAGCAGGCUAGCUGGGAUAAAUGGUUUAGCAUCAAGCAUAAUUUACACUUGAUUAUACAUAUUACUCACAGUAAACAGUACCCCGUUCUUGGGCGCUUUGAAAAUAAAUUACGUCCCUAUUUAAAAAGAGGGCAUUGACCCUGCUGUACUCAAUCUCUUUGCAUUUUCCUCAACCAAGGAUUCCACCCUUCCACAAGAACCGUUUGUUAAUGCAGACCAUUUUUCCAUUGCAUUGUUCUGAAAUAUUUAUGGCUUCGAACGCAGAAGCUGUCAACCUCAAACACCCUUUGCAUAGUUAUUCAAGCAGCAAUCUUGUGUAAGGCCUUGAUCCUUAAAGUGCUUCAUAACCAUCUCGUUUUGAUCUAGUUUUAACCUUUCUCCUUCAUCUACCAUAGAGAAAGCUCUUCUAAAAACUAGAUAUCGCUUUGGCAUCGGUGCUGGCACAAUGAGUGCAUUGUCAGUGUUACUCGCAGUUAUAUUUCACAUAGUUCAUCUCUUACAUCCAUCAGUCAACAGGCGAUAAUGAAUCAGUCGGGAGUGCUCAGAGCUAGUCUGUCACUUCAAAAAGCCCCAGUGUUCAGAAAAGUAUGGAAUCUUGAUUAGGGCACAUGGCUUAGGAUCAGAUCAGCUCCCCCCCCAGCUACAAAGGUGGGAGUUCUACAGUUUCACUGCAUCGUGGGCUCAUGUUAGGCCCCCCACUGCGCAUUUCUUUGCCCACUUCUAUGUUCUCAGUAAAUUACUCCAGAUGAGAUGUUAUUGUAUUUACUCCCACUCAGGAGAUGCAUUGACAAAAUCAAUGCACAUUAAAUACCUCUAAAGAGAGAAAAGGCGCUUUACCUUAACAACCCAAACUGAAGUGAUAGUGGGUUUUUGAAUAGAACAGUGUCUGUGUUCAACCUGUUUGUUUGAUCUCAUCUCUCGCUCUUGGUCUUUCUCUUUCUUUCUCCAUCAGCUUACAGCACUUUCUACAUCGUGGGCCUGGUGCUAUCCAUGCAGAUCCCCUUUGUGGGCUUCCAGCCAAUCAGAACCAGCGAGCACAUGGCGGCAGCAGGUAAAGUAACUUUUUGUUAUUCUGACUGUGAAACACUCCACGAUUAGUGCAAAUUCACCAAAGUAGCAUAAAGUUUGCCUCUUCCUCUCUGGUUUUAAGGUGCUACAUAGGAUUUUAUUUUAUUUUCUGAAAUUACAAUGCAAAAAUAAAAACAAAAUCCUGUGUAGCACCUUAACCAGAGAGGAAGAAGUGAACUUUAUGCCACUUUUGGUGAAUUUGCGAGGCAACAAGACAUUGCGAUAUACAGAUUUCCAAGACAUAUGCGCACAGUUCUUUCUGCCUGCCCCCUCCUCUCUCUCCCUCGGGCUAGCUUGCCUGGUCUUUCUCUUCACUAUUGACACAAGCGUGUGUUCAGUCUUCGGUCUGCUGCGUGUAGAAUAUGCUAGCCUAUUCAUUGAUGAUAGGCCCUGCUUUACUGAAGAUGCAGCUUUUGAUUACCGAUAGAUAGGCCUAGUGCACGGUUCUGACUCUGUCUACCUGGUGGCCGACCUGCCUAUACUGUACCUCUCUCCGCUCUUGGUCCCUCGCUAGCUCGCUAUGAAAAAUGCAAGUGUUAGUGUUCUCGGAAGUACGGCAACUAAUCAGUCUCUUCCGCAGUGUUGCCAACUCCUCAGUAAGGAAAGUAGCUAUUGGCUGUCCUAAAAGUCGCUAAAUGACGUCAUCACCUAAUUUACAUAAUUGGCAAUGUCUAUGUAAUUGUGAUGGACGCUGUGGGAGAGAGGAAUAGCGUCGUGGGAGAGACAAAAAGUGAGUAAAAACACUCUACAUUUACAUCCCGCCCUGAAUGUAAGCCAGGGCGGGAUCAGCCAGCGGCGGCUUCCCGCAUGCGCAGUCUGGACGCGGAGGGGUGAACAUCUCCUCCUCUGACUGCAGCUGGGAGGGACUGCUGCGUGAGGACUGGGCCGAGUGCUUUGGGACAGGGGUAACAAAGCACCCGCUGCUCGUUGAGAAGAGUAAGAACGAUACGUGCUUUCACGUCAGUCUCCAAAAGUCUCCAAUAACACCAGAAAAAGUCGCUAGAUUUGUCGCUAGUCGCUUUUUUGAAAAUGUGUCGCUAGAGGGGUCUGAAAACUUGCUAAAUAUAGCGACAAAGUCGCUAAGUUGGCAACACUGCUCUUCCGUUCCAAAAAGACUGAAUCUUAGGAGUUGAAGAGUCGAUUCCUAGCGGAAUCGAAUCUUGACUUUUAGAAAUGGGCGUAGACCCCAAGAGUUUAUGCGCAACAAGUCGAGGAAGAUAUUUUGGAAUCGACUCUCCACCACUACAUCAUCGUUAACAGCUGGAAAAUUGGCAGAGAAAGUCAAGCGACAGCAGCAAAGUCCUGUAUGGCAAUACUUUGAGAAGUUAUGUGAGAAGGUGGUGAAAUGCAAACUUUGCAAGGUGGAAUUUAGGUACAGUAACGGUAGUACAGGUGCAAUGCUUAACCAUCUGAAAGGGACGCACCGUGAGACCCAAACCGUUGCUGGCAGCAGCGCAGCUGCAUUGUGAAUUAAUGUGUAAUUUUAUAAAUGUUUCUUAUCGUUACUUUUGUCACAUCCCUAGUAACAGGAUUACGUAGCUCUAAAGCAUCAAUGUAUGUUCCUCUUAGUCUAAUGUAGCUUCAGUCUGGUUUCUGAAGUGGUGUUUGUUAUGCGGGUGACCAGGGCAGCACGUCAGCGGCGUGGGCUUUGAGGAACGGAAAGCACCGUCACACUCUCAAAGGAUGGGCGUUUGGCUUCAGGCAGCAGCUGCUCGCAACAUCUAGCGGCGUGUCUACAGCAACAGCCAGCGCGACGUGACAGGAAGGGAAAGAAAAGAGAGCUGGACCUCCCCGCAGGAGGCUGGCAUCAGAGUGAUGGGCAUUUUUGCAUCAUUGCACGCUUUCUGGGUUCUGAAGGAGUUGUGACCUUGGAAUGCUGCUGGGGGGGGGGGUGCCACAUCAGAUAACAGAACUGAGAUCCCAUUUAGUCUUAACUGUUCCAGUUAUUCAAAUAUAUUGUCAUGCAUUAUUACAGCAUCAGUGUGUAGCACAUAUAUAGUAAUACGACCAUCAAAUGAUAGUCCUUAUUUAAAAUGUUUUGUAUAUAAACCUGCUUGCUUGAGACCCACAUUAAGGUUGUUGUGAUAAUAACUCCAACAUUCUGUGAUUGUAUGUGUCCUGUCACAGGUGUGUUUGCGCUGCUCCAGGCAUAUGCAUUGCUGCAGUACCUGAAGGACAGGCUCACCAAGCAGGAGUUCCAGACCCUGUUCUUCCUGGGGGUGUCGCUAGCUGCUGGGGUGGUGUUCCUCACUGUCAUCUAUCUCACCUACACUGGUGAGUUCCUAUACCAUUACACAUACACAUGACUUACAGAAGCAUGUCUUCAUAUAACACAUACAUUGCCUUCAGAAAGUAUUCAGACCCCUUGACUUAUUCCACACUUUGUUGUGUUACAGCCUGAAUUCAAAAUGGAUUAAAUAGAUUUUAUCUCACCCAUCUACACACACACUAAUCCAUAAUGACAAAGUGAAAACUUUAGACAUUUUUGCAAGUGUAUUGAAAAUGAAAUACGGAAAUAUCUAAUUUACAUAAGUAUUCACACCCCUGAGUCAAUACAUGUUAGACUAACCUUUUGGCAGUGAUUACAGCUGUGGGUCUUUCUGGGUAAGUCUAAGAGCUUUGCACACCUGGAUUGUACAAAAUUAUUCAACCUCUGUCAAGUUGUUUGUUGCUAAUUGCUUGACAGCGAUUUUAAUUCAAAAGUAUAACUAGGUCACUCAGGAACAUUCAAUGUAGUUUUGGUAAGCAUCUACAGUGUAGAUUUGGCCUUGUGUUUUAGGUUAUUGUCCUGCUGAAAGGUGAAUUUGUCUGCCAGUGUCUGUUGGAAAGCAGGCUGAACCAGGUUUUCCUCUAGGAUUUUGCCUGUGCUUAGCUCUAUUCAGUUUGUUUUUAGAAAAAUAAAAAAAACUCCCGGGCCUCCCGAGUGGCGCGGCGGUCUAACGCACUGCAUCGCAAUGCUAUAGGCGUCACUACAGACCUGGGUUCGAUCCCAGGCUGUAUCAUAACCGGCCGUGAUCGGGAGGCCCAUAGGGGGCGCACAAUUGGCCCAGGGUCGUCCGGGUUAGGGGAGAGUUUGGCCGGGGGGGGGGCUUUACUUGGCUCAUUGCGCUCUAGCGACUCCUUGUGGCGGGCCGGGCGCAUGCAGGCUGACCUCGGUCGUCAGUUGAACAGCGUUUCCUCCGACACAUUGGUGCGGGCGGGUGUUAAGAAGCGCGGUUUGGCGGGUCAUGUUUCGGAGGAUGCAUGACUCGACCUUCAUCUCCCAAGCAUGUUGGGGAGUUGCAGCGAUGAGACAAGAUCGUGGUCCUCUGUAGCUCAGCUGGUAGAUCACAGCGCUUGUAACGCUAAGGUAGUGGGUUCGAUCCCCGGGACCACCCAUACACAAAAAAAAAAUGUAUGCACGCAUUACUGUAAGUCGCUUUGGAUAAAAGCGUCUGCUAAAUGGCAUAUUAUAUUAUUAUUAUUAUAAGAUCGAAAUUGGGAGAAAAAGGGUGUAAAAUACACAAAACAAUUACUAAAACUCCCUAGUCCUUGCAGAUGACAAGCAUACCCAUAACAUGAUGCAGCCACCACCAUGCUUGAAAAUAUAAAGCGUGGUACUCAGUGAUGUGUUGUGUUGGAUUUGUCCAAAACAUAACGCUUUGUAUUCAGGACAUAAAGUUAAUUUCUUAGACAAUUUUUUUGCAGUUUUACUUUAGUGUCUUAUUGCAAACAGGAAUCAUGUACAGGCUCUGUCAUUUUAGGUUAGUAUUGUGGCGUAACUACAAUUUUGUUGAUCCAUCCUCAGAUUUCUCCUAUCACAGCCAUUAUUAAACUCUGUUUUAAAUUCGCCAUUGGCCUCAUGAUGAAAUCCCUGAGCGGUUUCCUUCCUCUCCGGCAACUGAGUUAGGAAGGACGCCUGUAUAGGUGCCCUUCUUUGCGAGGCAUUGGAAAACCUCCCUGGUCUUCAUGGUUGAAUCUGUGUUGGAAAUUCACUGCUCGACUAAGGGACUUUACAGAUAAUUGUAUGUGUGGGGUACAGAGAUGAGACAGUCAUUCAAAAAGCCUAUUAAACACUUGUUACACACAAAGUGAGUCCAAGAAACGUAUUAUUUGACUUGUUAAGCACAUUUCUACUCCUGAACAUAUUUAGGCUUGCCAUAACAAAGGGGUUGAAUACUUAUUGACCCAAGACAUUUCAGCUUUUCAUUUUUAGUUAACUUCUAAAAACAUAAUUCCACUUUGAAAUUAUUGGGUAUUGUGUGUAGGCCAGUGACACGAUAUCUCAAUUUAAUCCAUUUAAAAUUCAGGCUGUAACACAACAAAAUGUGGAAAAAGUUGUGGUUGUAAAUAAUUUCAGAAGGCACUGUAGUUAGUUCCACAUACACCGGACAUACAGAAGCAUGACUUCAUAUACCUUAUAAUUAGUUACACAUACACCUGACUUACAUUAGUCAGUCCUCAAUAUAUACCAUAUACUGUAGUCAUAUACCUUAUACUGUAGUAUCAGUUAUAUACAGUCCCUAUACGUCAACAUUGCACAUACACUUUGCUUUCAAAACCAAAUCCUCAUAUACCAUAUAAUUACAUAUACACCUGACCCACCAGGUAUAAACAACUAACACAAGCUAGUCCUCAGAUACCAUAAUAGUUACUUUUUUUUUUUUAAAUCUCUGUUACACAUUUAGCUUGUAUUGUUGAGAGCCUUUGUUACUCAUGUACCUGGCCCACUAAAUAUAUUUCUAACCUCCACUGCUCAACAUUCCUCUCGAGUCCCGACCCACAUAUGCCCUACUGCUGAACAGACGCCUGACCCACUAAAACAGGGCUAUUUAAUUCCUGUCCUGGGAGGCCAAAACUGUUUAGUUUUUUUUGUUUCUACCUCGUAGUUAAUUGCACUUAUCUAGUGUCCCAUGUUGGAAUCUGUCCCUGUUUAGCAUGGGCGACAGUGAAAACCUGAAGUGUUUCGGUUCUUGAGGACCAGAAUUGAAUGGCCCUGCACCAAAGGGUCCCUAUUCACUUUGUCAAUAUAUCUGUACACUACCCAUACCACCUUAUACUGUCACAAACAAACAUACAUACCAGUUUCAACCAUACGCCAACAAGUCUGCAUAAUAACCACUAAUGAAAUGACACUAGUGUGUGUUCAAGUUCCCAAUCUUGUGUAUUGAUUGUGUUUGUUCAUUUAGGUUACAUCGCUCCGUGGAGUGGGCGAUUCUACUCGCUGUGGGACACCGGGUAAGCACUGCUAACCUUUCCUAUCGAUGAAACAUUUGUUUAAUUGAAUGUGUGCGCUGCGAAAGGGCUUAGUCUCAAAGGAAAUGCGAGCAGUCUUUUUCUUCCCAAACACGCUUGGACUACAUUCUGUACAUGAACUGCAGCAUGUCUGCAUUAAGCAACGAUCAAUCGGUUUGUUUGCUGACAGCACCGCACUUUCUCUCCCUUUACAUUCCCUUUGAGGCGGUUUCUUGAAUCUUUAUCUUCCCUGAAGUACCAGAUGUUUCUCUUCUAUCUUCACUCUUCCCCCCUCUCUCUCUCUCUCUCCCCCUCUCCCCCUCUCCCCCUCUCCCCCUCUCUCCCUCUCUCCCUCCCUCUCUCUCUCCCCCUCUCCCCCUCUCCCCCUCUCUCCCCCUCUCUCCCUCUCUCCCUCUCCAGCUACGCUAAGAUCCAUAUCCCGAUCAUCGCGUCAGUGUCGGAGCACCAGCCCACCACCUGGGUGUCGUUCUUCUUCGACCUCCACAUCCUGGUCUGCACCUUCCCAGCAGGUCUCUGGUUCUGCGUCAAGAAUAUCAACGACGAGCGCGUCUUUGGUAAACUGGGGCUCGUUAAAACACAACAUACAUACAUAUAUAAUUUGAAUACGUCUGAAUAUUUAGAGGGGAAUAUGGUGAUUUGAGAGCAAUAUACAUUAUAGCAAGGACGUCCUCAUGUUAUUGAUAUACUGUACACACCUGUUCCUAGAAGGUGUACUGGAAGAGGGAAUGCAGAACAGAAUCACACUGCUCCAGUGCAGGAGGGGCUAUGCUUGAGCUGGUUUCUGUUUUUCCCUUGCACUUAAAGGAAAACUGCCAUUGAUUGCUCCAAGAACCUACACAUAUGUUAACCCAGCUCUAAAUCAGUCUCUCAGAUUUAAAGAACACCCACGAGGACCUGAGUUGUGCACCGUGCACUUUUGACAUGCAUUGCAUUCGGAAAGUAUUCAUACUCCAGGACUUUUUCCACCUUUUGUUACGUUACAGCCUUAUUCAAAAAUUGAUUAAAUUGUUGUUCACUAAUUUACUCCAAGUAGGGAAAGGAUGGUGGGGUUGAAAAGUAAUAAAGGGGAGUGUAUAUAUAGAUAAAAAAAAUAUGGGGGAUUGGAAGUGAUGCAGACAAUUACAUUGAUAGAAGAUACAAUCUAUCUGCAAUAUUAAGCUGAUCCAUUCCCCCAGAGAAAAAUAAAUAAAAAUAAAUUGAUUGAUUUGUUUUUUUGAAAUGUCAGACCCUUUACUCAGUACUUUGUUCAAGCACCUUUGGCAGUGAUUACAGCCUCAAGUCUUCUUGGGUAUGACGCAACAAGCUUGGCACACCUGUAUUUGGGGAGUUUCUCCCAUUCUUCUGUGCAAAUCUUCACAAGCUCUGUCAGGUUGGAUGGGGAGUGUCGCUGCAAAGCUAUAUUCAGGUCUCUCCAGAGAUGUUCGAUCGGAUUCAAGUCUGUGCUCUGGCUGAGCCACUCAAGGACAUUCAGAGACUUGUGCCGAAGCCACUACUGCGUUGUCUUGGCUGUGUGCUUGGUGUCGUUGUCCUGUUGGAAGGUGAACCUUCACCCCAGUCUGAGGUCCUGAGUGCUCUGGAGCAGGUUUUCAUCAAGGAUCUCUCUGUACUUUGCUCCGUUCAUCUUAUCCUCAAUCCUGACUAGUCUCCCGGUCCCUGCCGCUGGAAAGCAUCCCCAGAGCAUGAUGCUGCCACCAUCAUGCUUCACCGUAGGGAUGGUGCCAGGUUUCCUCCAGACGUAACGCUUGGCAUUCAGGCCAAAGAGUUCAAUCUUGGUUUCAUCAGAUCCGAUAAUCUUGUUUCUCAUGGUCUGAGAGUCUUUAGGUGCCUUUUGGCAAACUCCAAGCGGGCUGUCAUGUGCAUUUUACUGAGGAGUGGCUUCCGUCUGGCCACUCUACCAAAAAGGCCUGAUUUGGUGGAGUGCUGCAGCGAUGGUUGUCCUUUUGGAUGGUUCUCCCAUCUCCACAGAGGAACUCUGGAGCUCUGUCAGAGUGACCAUCGGGUUCUUGAAAACCUCUCUAACCAAGACCCUUCUCCCCCGAUUACUCAGUUUGGCCGGGCGGCUGCAGAAACGUUUCGGUACCCUUCCUCAGAUCUAUGCCUCGACACAAUCCUGUCUCGGAGCUCUACGGACAAUUCCUUCGACCUCAUGGCUUGGUUUUUGCUCUGACAUGCACUAUCAACUGUGGGACCUUAUAUAGACAGGUGUGUGCCUUUCCAAAUAUUGUCCAAUCAACAGAAUUUACCACAGGACUCCAAUCAAGUUGUAGAUACAUCUCAAGGAUGAUCAAUGGAAACAGGAUGCACCUGAGAUACAUUUUGAGUCUCAUAACAAAGGGUCUGAAUACUUAUGUAAAUAAGGUAUUUCUGUUUUUUAUUUGUAAUUAGGGGGUAUUGUGUGUAGAAUUAUUUAAAAAAAUAAAAAUACAUUUUAGAAUAAGGCUAUAACGUAACAAAAUGUGGACAAAGUCAAGGGGUCUGGAUACUUUCCGAAUGCACUGUAGAUGAAUUAACCGGCCUUUAACCUUUCCUGCCUCUCUCCUGCCCCCCAGUGGCUCUCUAUGCCAUCAGCGCAGUCUACUUUGCUGGGGUGAUGGUGCGCCUGAUGCUGACUCUGACACCGGUGGUGUGCAUGCUGUCGGCCAUCGCCUUCUCCAGUGUGUUCGAGCACUACCUGGGGGACGACAUGAAGAGGGAGAACCCUCCAAUAGAGGACAGCAGUGACGAGGAUGACAAAAGGAGCUCAGGGAACCUCUAUGACAAGGUUAGGAGGAGUCACGGUCCAGGGCCUGUAUUCAUAAGUAGGCUUGGGCGAUACCCCGGUAUACGGUAUAAACGGUAUAUUUCGAAAUACCAGGCACCCGGCACACCACAAGGAGUCGCUAAGGCGCGAUGCCCCCCCCGGCCAACCCUCCCCUAACCCGGACGAUGCUGGGCCAAUUGUGCGUCGUCCUAUGGGACUCCCGGCUACAGCCCAGGAAUGAACCCGGGUCUGUAGUAACGCCUCUAGCACUGCGAUGCAGUGCCUUAGACUGCUGCGCCACUCGGGAGGCCCACUCACUUUCAGUAUUUUAAUCAAUUUCUGCACUGUGUUUUCACACUUAUCUUAGUAUGCCUGGGACUGCAUUUUUGGCUGUUCUUACUUUUGCCACUAGAGGGCGCUCUGGCUAUUUCUGUGGGUCUGUAUCAAGGGGCCUGGGUGCACAAAACCUCCAUCAAAUUAUUCAAAGAAUUGUCGCUGAGGCCGAUUUUUAUUUUUUAUUUUAUCACUCAAAGACGAAGAUAUUAACAUUUUAUAUUCAUCCAAUGUCUGCCAUGUUUUUGGAUGACGUAAUGGCUCCCCUAGUGCGCAUGUGAUGUUGGUCCAUAUAAACCGGAUGCAACAAAGAUAUAGACUGUCCAUGAAUCGGCGUAUUUGAACGUGAGUAGAUUACCUUGAAAAAAACUGUUGGACAUCUUAGACACAGUUUCUAGUCCUCAUUAUACCUCAGUGGUCUGUACUCCUGAAGUUGACUGUUUUGUGCUUGUCAUUUAGCUAGCAGUUCUCAGGUGUUAGCAGCCAAUGGCUAGCAGUUUCUUACUGGUGAUAAAAAAGGAUGAUUGCCAUAAUUGUUUUGAGUCAUUAAUGAAUUAUUUAAUGUAACAAAUCAAACAUUUAACUUCGUAAGUAAUUCAUGAUUACAUCGUAAACAAUUCAUUUACACCCAGCGUUUAUUUGAAACAGGCGUUUAUUUGCAGAAAUUUUAAAAGGGACAGGCAGCUAUUUGAGACAGCGUUUAAUUGAAGUUUUAUGUUAUUGUAUUGCAAGUAGGCCUAAGUAUUUUGUGCAAAUGGGGGAUAUGAUGACAUGCUUAUUCAUAAAAACAUAAUAACAAGAAGCAGCCAUUUGCCUUUGGUGAGAAAAUCUAUUUUUAAUUUUGGAAUCUAAAUUAAUUAGACAUAGGAAUCUACAGGUAACAUAAAGUGCCUUAUGGCCACCACAAGCAGAACAGCUUCAAUGCACCUUGGGAUAGAUUCUACAAGUGUGUGGAACUCUAUUGGUGGGAUGCGAUGCCAUGCUUCCUUGUGUGGAAGCACCUGCUUUCAAUAUACUUUGUAUCCUUCCUUUACUCAAGUGUUUAUUUUGGCAGUUACCUUUAUCUAUUUUUAUUUUCAGAACCAUUACAGAAUAAAUUCAUUUUCUGGCUGUGAUGGGUUCAUAUUCCUGAAGUAGCCAUACAACAAAUUACCAUGCGCAUCUCAUUUAAUUUGACCUAUGUAUAUAGUACACUACUUUUUAUUUAUAAGUGUCAUGUCAUACAAGCGCAUUUAGUUCCACGUUUCCGCUCCUCGAUUACCUUUGACUUUUUUCAAAAGCAGGAGAGGACGCGAUGAGUCAAGCAAUACCAAUUGAGAUUCACCUACUGCCCUCGCCUUGUAGGCCUGCUCUCACAAUGUGAACCCUUAGCCGUUAAUUCCAUUUGACGCCUACAGGUAACUGCCAAAAUAAAGGAAACACUUGAGUAAAUGAGGGAUACAAAUUAUAUUGAAUGCUGAGAUGACAAUGCCCCCAUCCACAGGGCACGAGUAGUCACUGAAUGGCUUGAUGAGCAUGAAAAUGAUGUAAACCAUGGCCGUCUGUCACCAGAUCUCAACCCAAUUGAACACUUAUGCGAGAUUCUGGAGCGGCACCUGAGACAAUGUUUUCCACCACCAUCAACAAAACACCAAAUUAUGGAAUUUGUCAUGGGAGACUGAUGUCGCAUCCCUCCAAUAAAGUUCCGGACACUUGUAGAAUCUAUGCCAAGGUUAUUGAAGCUGUUCUGGCUCGUGGUGGCCCAACGCCCUAUUAAGACACUGUAUGUUGGUGUUUCCUUUAUUUUGACAGUUACCUGUAUUUAGCCAAUAUACAUAUUCCUGUAAGGAGUUACAAAAUAAUGACCAAUUUCACUCUGUUUGUAUUGCAACUCUCUGAUACUCUCUGUUUAGUGGGCCAGUGUUGAUGUGGUGUGUGUGUGUGUUUGUCUCCCUCUGCAGGCAGGAAAGGUGCGUAAGCAUGUGUCUGAGCAGGAGAAGGCAGAGGAGGGGCUGGGCCCCAACAUCAAAAGCAUAGUGACCAUGCUGAUGUUGAUGCUGCUCAUGAUGUUCGCAGUCCACUGCACAUGGGUCACCAGCAACGCCUACUCCAGUCCUAGUGUGGUGCUGGCCUCCUACAACAACGAUGGGUAAGGACAAGUAAUAUAAUAAUAUAUGCCAGACACUUAGCAGACGCUGUUAUCCAAAACGUCUUAGUCAUGCGUGCAUACAUCUUUAUGCAUGGGUGGCCCCAAUGGGAAUCGAACCCACAACCUUUGGCGUUGCAAGUGCCAUGCUCUGCCGAUUUGAGCCACACAGGACAAACUACCAUGCAGUUAAAUAAUGUCUACUUGUAGAAUGUAGACUCACAUAUUACACUCCAUGCAUACAAGCAUAGCUCCACAUGUCUUUCUGCGUAUGUAUGUGUAUUCACACACGCACAUGCAUUGACACACAUUGGGUACAAAUGCGCAGACACACCUUCUCUCUCUCACAUACCCACAAAAAUGUUAAAAGGGCAUGCACAGUCAUAUUUCAUCAAGCAAGAGCUGCAUGUAGCCACGUGUGAACAUUUUGUUCAUAUCCUUUGCUAGUUAGUGAGUUAUUAGCCCAGUUAUAGAUCAUUUGUGGUCAGCAAUGGGGGAGUGAUUGCUUCCUACAAGGCCACAAAAAGUGUACAUUUCUAGACAUCUUUGAAAAUAGUCUGGUAAAGUGCUUUUUUUUUUUUGUCUUAAAGGGGCAGUGUUGUAUUUUGAGACAUGCUUGAAUAAGCUAAGUAGCCAAUAGGCAGAGGGUAGCAUAAUUGGUCUGAUUCUCUCUAGUAAUGGUAUGGGAAUAAUAAUGCAUUUUAUUUUGUAAAAUGGUUUCUUGCAUCAAACACAACAUUUUCAGUCACCUCCUUGUCUGAAGGACAAGUGGAUAAACAGGUUAAUGUUAAGCCCUGCAUGUUUUGUUUUUUUCCAAAAGUCUCAUGGAAUGUAGGCCUACAUUGAACACCACACAUUGGCUGCUACUGUAGGCUGAAUGAUAGAACAGCUAUUUCCAUGUUAAAAUGUUAUGGGAUGCAUUUUCUCCAUUGUUUUAGGCCACUCUGGUAGGUCUACAUUAUGAUCAAAUAGCCACAGUAGCCUACAUGGCCACUUAAAACUGGAACUUAAAGCCUCAGUGUUCACAGUAAACGCGUGCUAGAAGUUGCACAGAAUUUUCACAACUUUCAAGUUUGCUCUCAGCAGACCUGAAAUUUGCUCAGUGCUGAAAAAAUUUGAGGGAACAUUGGUGGGUACAAUAGAAUGGGCUGUAAUUGCCGUGACUCCCUGUCUCAUAGGAUCACAUAAUACAGUUGAAGUUGGAAGUUUACAUACAUCUUAGCCAAAUACAUUUAAACUCAGUUUUUCACAAUUCCUGACAUUUAAUCCUAGUAAAAAUUCCCUGUCUUAGGUCAGUUAGGAUCACCACUUUAUUUUAAGAAUGUGAAAUAUCAGAAUAAUAGUAGAGAAUGAUUUCUUUCAGCUUUUAUUUCUUUCAUCACAUUCCCAGUGGGUCAGAAGUUUACAUACACUCAAUUAGUAUUUGGUAGCAUUGCCUUCCAAUUGUUUAACUUGGGUCAAACGUUUCGGGUAGCCUUCCACAAGCUUCCCACAAUAAGUUGGGUGAAUUUUGGCCCAUUCUUCCUGACAGAGCUGGUGUAACUGAGUUAGGUUGGUAGGCCUCCUUGCUCGCACACGCUUUUUCAGUUCUGCCCACACAUUUUCUAUAGGAUUGAGGUCAGGUCUUUGUGAUAGCCACUCCAAUACCUUGACUUUGUUGUCCUUAAGCCAUUUUGCCACAACUUUGGAAGUAUGCUUGGGGUCAUUGUCCAUUUGGAAGACCCGUUUACGACCAAGCUUUAACUUCCUGACUGAUGUCUUGAGAUGUUGCUUCAAUAUAUCACAGAAAAUAUAUGUGGUCCUCUGUAGCUCAGCUGGUAGGGCACGGCGCUUGUAACGCUAAGGUAGUGGGUUCGAUCCCCGGGACCACCCAUACACAAAAAAAAAUGUAUGCACGCAUGACUGUAAGUCGCUUUGGAUAAAAGCGUCUGCUAAAUGGCAUAUUAAUAUCCACAUAAUUUUCCUUCCUCAUGAUGCCAUCUAUUUUGUGAAGUGCACCAGUCCCUCCUGCAGCAAAGCACCCCCACAGUAUGAUGCUGCCACCCCCGUGCUUCACGGUUGAGAUGGUGUUCUUCGGCUUGCAAUUUACCCCCCUUUUCCUCCAAACAUAACGAUGGUCAUUAUAGCCAAACAGUUCUAUUUUUGUUUCAUCAGACCAGAGGACAUUUCUCCAAAAAGUACGAUCUUUGUCCCCAUGUGCAGUUGCAAACCAUAGUCUGGCUUUUAUAUGGCGGUUUUGGAGCAGUGGCUUCUUCCUUGCUGAGCGGCCUUUCAGGUUAUGUCGAUAUAGGACUCGUUUUACUGUGGAUAUAGAUACUUUGGUACCGGUUUCCUCCAGCAUCUUCACAAGGUCCUUUGCUGUUGUUCUGGGAUUGAUUUGCAUCAAAGUACGUUCAUCUCUAGGAGACAGAUCGCGUCUCCUUCCUGAGCGGUAUGACGGCUGCGUGGUCCUAUGGUGUUUAUACUUGCGUACUAUUGUUUGUACAGAUGGAUGUGGUACCUUCAGGCGUUUGUAAAUUGCUCCCAAGGAUGAACCAGACUUGUGGAGGUCUACAAUUAUUUUUCUGAGGUCUUGGCUGAUUUCUUUUGAUUUUCCCAUGAUAUCAAGCAAAGAGGCACUGAGUUUGAAGGUAGGCCUUGAAAUGCAUCCACAGGUACACCUCCAAUUGACUCAAAUGAUGUCCAUUAGCCUAUCAGAAGCUUCUAAAGCCAUUACAUAAUUUUCUGGAAUUUUCCAAGCUGUUUAAAGGCACAGUCAACUUAGUGUAUGUAAACUUCUGACCCACUGGAAUUGUGAUACAGUGAAUUAUAAGUGAAAUAAUCUGUCUGUAAACAAUUGUUGGAAAAAUUACUUGUGUCAUGCACAAAGUAUAUGUCCUAACCGACUUGCCAAAACUAUAGUUUGUUAACAAGAAAUGUGUGGAGUGGUUGAAAAACGAGUUUUAAUGACUCCAACCUAAGUGUAUGUAAACUUCCAACUUCAACUGUAAGUUACCAAACCUAUGGUUGCCUGGCUGUCAUUCCUGUUACCGUCAUUCCUGUUAGUCAUUCCCGUAACUCUUCAACUCUGUCACUCCCCAUAGGACGAGGAACAUCCUGGAUGACUUCAGGGAGGCUUACUAUUGGCUGAGGCAGAACACAGACGAGCAUGCGAGGGUUAUGUCUUGGUGGGAUUAUGGCUACCAGAUAGCAGGCAUGGCUAAUCGAACCACGCUAGUGGACAACAACACAUGGAAUAACAGUCAUAUAGCACUGGUGAGUCACACAACACAAUAUCAAAAGGGGGCACUGGGAGGUUUGAGGAUUACGACUCAACUCAGACCUCAUUCUCCAAAGUAAAGUAACUCUUAUCAAUUAAUUUAAUACAUUCACUUGUAGGAGCUGCAAUAAUGUGUGUGGGAUUAAUUUUGCUCUUAGGCCUUGAUUGAUUUUCCCAGGGCCAGCACAACUUUGAAAAGCGAGUACUUACUUUAUUGGAGUCUUAUCUCUCCCUCUCAUUUUCCCACCAUCUCUAUCUCCCUGCAUCUCUUUUUUCCUCUGCUCUCUCUCUCUCCUCUCUACAAACUCCCGUUCUUCCUUCUCUCCUCUGUAGGUGGGCAAAGCCAUGUCGUCCAAUGAGAGUGCAGCGUACGAGAUCAUGAGGAGUCUGGACGUCGACUACGUGCUGAUCAUCUUCGGGGGUGUGAUUGGUUACUCAGGCGAUGACAUCAACAAGUUCCUGUGGAUGGUCAGGAUAGCAGAGGGAGAGCAUCCCAAGGACAUUCGGGUGAGUGCCUGGUAUCUUGAGACUGCCAAGUUAGGUUCACCGAUGCCUCACGAUACAGAAGGACCUUCAUCCACUCCUAUUUAUGAUCCUUUUGUUAUGCUGAUGAACCUGGGUAAACACUUAGAUUUGAGCAAUCCAGUAAUUCAUCAGUCUGGGUAAACCCAAGGACAUUGCUGUUCCUAGCAAUGUUUAUUUUCUUCAAUGACACUUGAGGUCGUUGGACAAAGUAUCCAAUGCAGAUUUGUAAAUAUCUUUAUUUUGCAUGUGAUUUUGAAUAUCAGAGAUGAACUGAACAAUUGAGGGUUGUAAGACUACAUCAUAUCAUAGAUGGCAAUUUGGCAAAGUAUUUAAGUUUUUAUUAAGUUCAGUCUCUGCUAUUUGAUGAUGUCAGUAUCCUUGAAGAAAUGUGGGAAGUGUCUCACGCUCCUUCACUCCUCGUGACCAUGUGCCCUUCAGGAGAGUGACUACUUCACCCCUCAGGGAGAGUUCCGUGUGGACAAGGCCGGCUCGCCCAUCCUGCUCAACUGCCUUAUGUACAAGAUGUCCUACUACCGCUUCGGCGAGAUGCAGGUGAGCGGUGGUGAAAUACUUGACGCAAAAGUAGGCUACAAUAAGCACUGAGUGACGGACAAGAGAGGGGCUUAAGGACGUGCUGACAGAAGCGUGAGGAGGGAUGAAGGUGGGAGGGGAAGCGCUCAAAUGCACAGGCUCUGGCAGGUACAUACGAGAUAUGAGAGAGAAGAGCUGCCAGGUACUUAUGGCGAGCUGCGUGUUGUCUGGCCAGCAGCUCAGUGAAGAGGAGGAAGGAUCAGUGGGCUGCGUCAGUAGGGUCCACAGACAGGCAGCCAAGCAAAGCUCUGUCUCAUAGCUGUCUUAACCCAUAGAGGAGAUGGAGAGACAGGUUCAGAGCAUGGUAAAGGCAAGGGAACAGAGAUUGGUUUUGUGGAAGAGGAAGUGACAAGGACAAAACAAGACCGGAAGGACAGAAAACGAGAUGAGGAGGGUAGAGGGAGGGAGGGAUAGGUGAAGUGAUGUACAGAUUUAAAAGAGCAGGGAAAUGAAGUAAGAUGAGAACAACACUUGUGUGAAGGUAGAAUCAACCUUUAUACAAGUACCAUACUCACUUUAGCUGAGCUCAGUCAGUAGCUGCCCUCGUCAACACCCUCAACCCCCACCUACUGCUAUCCUUAUCUCUCAGCUGGACUUCCGGACACCGCCUGGGUUCGACCGCACCCGCAAUGCCGAGAUCGGCAACAAGGACAUCAAGUUCAAGCACCUGGAGGAGGCGUUCACCUCGGAGCACUGGCUGGUGCGCAUCUACAAGGUGAAGAAGCUGGAGAACAGGGAGCCGCUGGAGCACAAGCUCCGCAGCAUUGUGCCCAGGCAGAAGUACACCUCCAAAAAGGUACGAGGCUUCAAUGUCUCUCAGCAUUCAUUGUGCUAAUGAAUGUAAGACAUUAUAUGAUACUGGUAUAGUGAGUUUACAUAUGAUUAUUUCUUCUCAAAUUUUAGCCACCAAAAGGAAAUGUUCAUAAAAUGUGAGCCAACUCACUUUUAUUUUAACAGUUAAUGUGUGUGCUCAAAUUCAGAUUAGUAGAUAUAUAUGAACAAAUUGCCAAUUGUAAAUUGAAUUGUAAAUUAAGUUUGUUUUAUUGCACAGACUGCUAAGAGGAAGCGAGGACACAUCAGGAAUAAGCUGGUCCUGAAGAAAGGCAAGAAACUAAACAAGAAAUAA